AUGCUCUACCUAAACUUCAACUCAACAUCAGAGGUUACCACCUCCAAUAUCAAGGGCUUGGCUUUUGAUCGGUUUUAUCAAGUCUGGCUUGAGAACAUUAACUAUGAUGACGCCGUCUCUGAUGCCAACAUGCAGUGGCUUUCUUCUGAGGGUAUUCUGUUGACCAACCUCUAUGUUGUCACCCAUCCUUCCGAGCCCAACUACUGCGCUGCCGCUGGCCGUGAUACGUUCGGAAAAGAUAACAGUGACUUCAACCAAGUCCCUAGGAACGUUUCCACCAUUGCUGAUCUGCUUGACCCCAAGAGCGUCUCUUACAACAAUACUCAAGUUCGCAAAUACAACCAAUUGGUGAUUUAUGAAUCCGCUGUGUCCAAAAGCAGUCGUGCACGUCACAUCAAGACCUUUGAUGACUUUGAAAAUGAUCUCAAGGACAAUGAGCUUCCUUGGUGGGCUUUUAUCACUCCUAAUAUGACCAACGAUGCGCAUGACACCAGCAUAACUUUCGUUGCUAAGUGGGAGCGUCCUUGGUUGGCCAAGUUGCUCGAGAACGAGUACUUCUACAACGACACUCCCCUCCUUCUGACCUUCGAUGAGGAUAAUAUUUACAUCAAUGACAACCAUAUCUUCAGCGUCCUCGUCGGUGGUGCCGUUCCUCAACAACUCAAGGGCACCAAGGACAAUACCUUCUACACUCACGACUCCACCAUUGCCAGUAUUGUCGCCAAGAAGUCUGGUUACGCCAACUACGAGGUCAACAAGACCUACCUCGCCUUUAACCAAACCUACCCUGGUCCCUUGUCGGUUGGUGACACGACCGUUAGCAAUACCUCCACCUUCAUUACCGAGUGGCCCGUUCCCAUUACCGACAGCAAUGAGAAGUGUUCCGCUGGUCACGGUAUCCUGGAUGUCGUCAAGAAAACCUAUGGACACUUGAACACCACAUACGACACCAAGCCGUACCCCCGGAGUGCCAAGACUCAUUACGACGACAAUGUCACCGCCAAGCGCUCAAACAAGACCACGAGCAGCAAGACCAACUCUACAACAGUGAGCUCUAGCCACGAUAGCGCUGAGGUUUCUGCCACGGAUCCUAUCACUCCUGUCGUGCUCGAAGCCCUGUUGGCCAUCGCUGUCUACACCUUCUGA